GGCGCUCCGGCUCUCGGUGUUAAAGCAGGCUGUGUGACCGCACCAUUACCCCGCAGUCAUGGCGCUGUCAGGCCGUUUCUCCAGCGCUGUCCUGCGCUCCGCUUCUCGGGUUCAGACCCGUCAGCUGUCCGCUGCAGCUCACGGUGAUCAGGGAGCAAAGACCUGGAAGAUCCUGUCCUUUGUGGUGGCCCUCCCUGGAGUGGCUGUCUGCAUGCUUAACACCUUCCUGAAGAUACAGCACCACAGUCACGACCAGCCAGAGUUCAUCCCCUACUCACACCUGCGCCUCCGCAGCAAGCGUUUCCCCUGGGGCGAUGGCAAUAAAUCGCUCUUCCAUAACUCCCAUGUGAACGCUCUGCCUGAUGGUUAUGAGAGUCAUGAUCACUAAAGGCCGUUCAGGUUUUGACAUCCGUCCCUGAACCUUCGCUCCCACAUCUCUACUUGUGGACCAGAGGGCUUCUUCACCCCCCUCUUACCUCCCUGGACCACGUUCCUUUUCUUUCAGUUUACAUAAAACCUGUUCAGACCAUCUCGUACCUCUUGGCUCCCGGUGGGGGCCACUUAACGGAGAUAGUUACAUUGGACCAUGAUGCAACCAUUGUUGGAACACAACUGAAAUAAAGAUUUAUUCCUUAAAUUAUAA